AACGAAUUCCCAUACUCUGUCAAGCCUGGUAUCGAGCAUUGGUUGAUCUGGUCGCGCCAGCCAUUGACGGACGAGGCCUGGAUCCGGGCCUUCCUCCAGGAACGUCUGCCCGGUCGGGACUUCUUGUUCUUCACCAACCCACCCGAGCUGCGGAGCGUGCCCUCGAUCUCCCACGUACAAGUCUUCACCAAG